AUGGCGUCAGCGGAGUUUUUAGAGCAAGCUUUGUCUACAGACGUUGAUGAGAAUGCAGUUAACGCGAUUGUAGGUUCCCUAGAAAAUCAUUUAGUGACGUCCGUUCCGUCAAUAUCGUCACAGAACAAUUUGUUGACUGUUAUUCCAAGUCAACUUAGCCUUGCAACAAGUGAAAAUACCAUUAUUGGACAAAAAUAUAACAAAGAGAAUAGUGAUGGCGAUAUAGGGAGUGUAAACUUUAGAUCAAAUAUUGUUUCAAGUUCGUCUUUUAGUUUACCCACAAAUUUUAUAAACCAAACAAGCCUGUCUCAAAGCAUUUCAAAUGGUACUGAUUUGGUAAAAGUUAUAAGUUCCCAACCGCUAACUUUAUCCGUGUCUGAUAAUAGUGUUGUGUUCUCAGCGCCAUCAUACGUGAACGGUUGUGCUUCAUUGCCGUUAUCCCAAGCUCAGAUAAUACAGACUGUACAAGGAAGUAGUGCUAUAAAUCAGCCGAUUAAUAAAUCUAUUACUAUGCAAAAUCCUCCUUUGGUUAUAAAACAGGGUACGACUUCUGGUCAAGUCAGUAUGCAGGCCAAUAUGGUGCCAAUGACAGUGAAUUCUAGCAUGCCGGGUUCUAUAUCGAACGUGAUGACUAUUAAUAAGCCAGGAGGGCAGAACGUGGUUGUGACCACACAGAAUCUCGGUGCAGGCCAGCCCGCUAUAUUGCCUAAUGUUCAAAUUUUAAACAUGAGGCCGGGCGCGCCUGCGGUGGCGGCCCAAAAGUCCGUAGCGACGGUGUCCCCGCGUGUUGUUAUCGGGACUCCUCAAGUUGUUGGACAAAGAGCAGCUGCCCCUGGAAUAACGCUGCAAACACUACAAAGUCUACAACAGGGGCAGCAGGGUCAUUUGUUAUUAAAGACUGAGAACGGUCAUUACCAGCUGUUGAGAGUUGGUCCGGGGCCCGGGGCGAACACACUGGCGCCGCAGCAACAGACGAUGCGACUGUCCACAGUGCCGGCACAUCCCGGGGUAUCUACGGUGUCAACUAGCGUGCCCGCCCCGGGACAAAUACCCGGUCAGAUGCCGCCCGCGCCCGUCGCUACUCCGGUGCCAGCGGCAUCUGUAACCGUGCCUCUACCAUCGCCGCAAUCACUCCAACCAACAGUUACCACUCAGAAGCCGUUGGACAACACUAAGGAGAAGUGCCGCAACUUUCUCGCCAAUCUGUUGGACUUGUCCAGCAAAGAGCCGAAAUCUGUUGAGAGGAGUGUACGGAACCUUAUACAAGAACUGAUUGACGCUCAGGUUGAACCCGAAGAGUUCUGUGAUAGGUUGGAGAGACUACUUAACGCAAGUCCACAACCCUGCCUCAUCGGCUUCUUGAAGAAAAGUCUACCGUUGCUGCGUCAAUCCCUAGUCACCAAAGAACUGGUGAUAGAAGGCAUCAACCCACCAUCACCACACGUGGCCUUCUCAGCAAUACCACCGCAAGCACCAAAUACUGUGGUAGCCACCAGCAACAUACAGAUGCCAGAUGACGAAGGCAGCUCAAGUCCGACCCUAACGCCCCUCCUGCCCCCCGUGAUGCCGGUCAUCCCGCCCCAACCGCCAUCACCGAAACAGAUUAACAUAGUAACCGUGCAGACGGCGCAGCCGAAGCCUCAACCCAAAUCUGGCGCGAUAGCAGUUCUCCAGAACAUUCCAGUGCAUCCGAAGAUCAACGUCAGUAAAGUUGGGAAGACUAUGACUGUGAACAGUAAGGCUGGCUUCACACGACCAACAGGAUCAGCUAGCACGGGCCUAUCGACUGUACUAACGGCUGGGAAGUCCCUUUUGCGAGAUAGGGAGAGGAGAUCUGCUCAGUUCUCGCAAAGCUUCGUGGACGACAAAAUGGCUGGUGAUGACGACAUCAAUGACGUAGCAGCCAUGGGAGGAGUUAAUCUGGCUGAGGAGAGCCAGCGGAUAUUGGGCUCCACAGAAAUGAUAGGAGCACAGAUCAGGUCCUGUAAAGACGAGACGUUAGUACCAAUGGCGGUGAUGCAAGCCAGGAUACGUGCGGUGUCUCUGAGAAACGGUCUUGAGGAGCCCCCGGCGGAGGUCGGAGCCCUACUGAGCCACGCGCUGCAAGAAAGACUCAAAUCACUGUUAGAGAAGCUAGCGGUCAUAUCACAACAUCGGAUAGACACACAUGUCAAGAUGGAUUCUCGUUAUGAAGUGACCCAGGAUGUUAAAGGCCAGCUGAAGUUCCUCGAAGAAUUGGACAGAGUUGAUAAGAAGAGGCGAGAGGACUCUGAGAGGGAAAUGUUAUUAAGAGCGGCCAAGUCACGCUCCAAGAACGAAGACCCGGAACAGGCCAAGCUUAAGGCCAAGGCCAAAGAAAUGCAGCGCGCUGAAUUAGAAGAGCUGAGACAGCGGGAGGCGAAUCUGACUGCAUUACAGGCCAUCGGACCAAGGAAGAAACCACGAACAGACGGCUCAGCGGCCGGAGAUAACUUGGGAUCAAGUGGUCAGAAUACUGGACCUUCCGGCCGAGGUCAACUGCCACAGCGAACUCGUUUGAAGCGUGUUAACAUGAGAGAUAUGCUGUUCAUGAUGGAGCAAGAACCAGAAUAUAGACACUCGGUGCUAUUAUACCGUGCCUACCUCAAGUAA